CUCGGCGAGCAGCUGCUUUCGCUGUUUUCGCUGCCUCCGCCGCCGCCGCCGCCGCCGCCGCGAUCCGCCGUGGAGAGCCGUGUCCCGCGCCGGUGAACAAUGAAGCAGAGCUCCAACGUGCCGGCCUUCCUCAGCAAGCUGUGGACGCUGGUGGAGGAAGCCCACACCAACGAGUUCAUUACCUGGAGCCAGAAUGGUCAGAGUUUUUUGGUCUUGGAUGAACAAAGAUUUGCGAAAGAAAUUCUUCCCAAAUACUUCAAGCACAAUAACAUGGCGAGCUUCGUGAGGCAGCUGAACAUGUAUGGUUUCCGUAAAGUGGUGCACAUUGACUCUGGAAUUGUAAAGCAGGAAAGAGAUGGGCCUGUCGAAUUUCAGCACCCUUACUUCAAACAAGGCCAGGACGACUUGCUGGAGAACAUCAAAAGGAAGGUUUCAUCUUCAAAACCUGAAGAAAAUAAAAUUCGUCAGGAAGAUUUAACAAAAAUUAUAAGUAGUGCUCAGAAGGUUCAAAUAAAACAAGAAACUAUUGAGUCCAGGCUUUCAGAAUUAAAAAGUGAGAACGAGUCCCUUUGGAAGGAAGUGUCGGAAUUAAGAGCUAAGCAUGCACAACAGCAGCAAGUUAUUCGAAAGAUUGUCCAGUUUAUUGUUACAUUGGUUCAGAAUAACCAACUUGUGAGUUUAAAACGUAAAAGGCCUCUACUUCUAAACACUAAUGGAGCCCAAAAGAAGAAUCUGUUUCAACACAUAGUCAAAGAACCAGCUGAUAAUCACCACCACAAGGCUCCGCACAGUAGGAGUGAAGGUUUAAAGCAAAGGGAGCGGAUUUCAGAUGACAUCAUCAUUUAUGAUGUUACUGAUGAUAAUGCAGAUGAAGAAAAUAUCCCAGUUAUUCCCGAAACGAAUGAGGAUGUUAUAUCUGAUCCCUCCAACUGCAGCCAGUACCCUGACAUUGUCAUUGUUGAGGAUGACAAUGAGGACGAGUAUGCACCUGUCAUUCAGAGCGGCGAGCAGACGGCAUCGGCCCAGGAAUCCCCGAGUUCAGGCAGCGACAGCAGCAGUCCGCUUACGUCCAGUGCUGUCCAGCUAAACGGGUCCUCCAGUCUGGCCACGGAAGACCCCGUGACCAUGAUGGACUCCAUCCUGAAUGACAACAUCAACCUUCUGGGAAAGGUCGAGCUGUUGGACUACCUGGACAGUAUCGACUGCAGCCUGGAGGACUUCCAAGCCAUGCUGUCGGGAAGGCAGUUCAGCAUCGACCCAGACCUCCUGGUUGAUCUUUUCACUAGUUCUGUGCAGAUGAAUCCCACAGAUUACAUCAAUAAUACAAAAUCUGAGAAUAAAGGACCGGACGCUACCAAGAAUAAUGUUGUUCAACCAGUUUCUGAAGAAGGAAGAAAACUGAAGUCCAAACCAGACAAGCAGCUCAUCCAGUACACCGCGUUCCCCCUGCUCGCCUUCCUGGAUGGGAACCCCGCGUCUGCCGUGGGGCAGGGCAGCACCGUGGCACCGGCAGACGCUGGGUCCUCUGCAGAGAAGCCCAUAGAAGUGGAUGAGCUCCUGGAGAGCAGCCUGGACCCAGAACCGACCCAGAGUAAGCUUGUGCGCCUGGAGCCCUUGACUGAGGCGGAAGCCAGUGAAGCUACCCUGUUCUAUUUAUGCGAACUGGCCCCCGCCCCGCUGGAUAGCGAUAUGCCACUUUUAGAUAGUUAGUCCCCGGAACGCGGGCUCGGCAUGUACAUAUUCAUCAAAGUGAUGAACUAUUUAUUUUGAAGUAUCAUUUGGUACUUUGCUUUGUAAAUUGCUUUGUUUUGUUCUGAUCAGAUACUGUGGAAUAAAAGCACCUUUAGCUUUUCUCUCCGCACAUCCUUGCAGAGCUCUCAGAUGUUGCUCAGCUGCCCAGGUGCAUGUUAAUGCACAUCACUGGCAUAUUUUUCAGUUGUUCAAAUACCAGUUUUUCUCCAGUUGUAAUUUGGUUUCUUUUUUACAAAUGUGACCAUUAACCCAGUUAAACUUGUUUGUUUUACUUGUUCCAUGCUGUCUGUGUUCGAGUGUACGUCACUAAACUAAUAGAACUCUUCAAGCUUUCUGUUGCAGUAACCGUCAUUAAAUAUUUCCCUUUGGCUUAUUUUUAAAACUGGGAACAUAAAGUGCCUGUAUCUUGUAAAGUUUUGAUUUGUGUCGAUCCAGAGAAGUUAAUCUGUGUUCAGAGAAGUCAGUCUGAGGUCCACAGGAAAGGCAGUCUACACAGAGCUCACUGGCUGCAGGUCCCAGCGCAGAUGGAGCAUGGGGACAGGUCGGAGUCAGCCAGCUACGGAAGGGGACUAGUUUUAAGUGAAAGUUUCUGGUUGGUGUUUUUUGGAACCAUACUAUUUAGUAAAAUAAAUAUAAUGACUGUUGAGUACUAGCAUUUGUUACAUGUCUUCUUUGGAGGUGAUAUCACACAAACUAGUUUUUCCUUCCCUUAGGAAGAAAGUGGCUUUAACCUGUCUGUUCAUUAUUGUCUCAAUGUGAGUCACACCAAGGUCUCUAUGGCUCAUUCAAAAAACAGGCUGUAUAAUGCAGCAGUGGAAGAAUAUAAUGUGUCUAAAUUUCAUGUAUUUUAAAGUUGUGCUUUGUUUAAAGAAUGUACUGGCUUGCUGUGUUUAUAAUAAAGACCUGAGAACUAUG